AUGGGGUACAGUUGGCGGACCCUGUAUCCAACCACCAGCUAUCACCGUGAGACGGUAACAAGGACUGUUACUUGCACAAUCCGUGGACGCAACUCAUGCUAUAUGCCACUCUGCUUCGACUCCUUCAGGAUGAUCCUGCCCAUCAGGGCGGCAGGUAACUGCCAGACACCACCGCCGCCUGAAACCUUCGAAAGAUCCGCCGCUCCGCCGCCAAAGGAUCCUCCUCCACACCCUCCUCCACCACCGCCUCCACCAACCUCCGAAUUUAUUGUUGGUGCCACUGUAAGGUGCUCACUCCCCGCAAAGGUAUCCGGCUUCCUCGCCCUUCUGCCAGCAGAUCCGCCACCGAAGCGAACCGACCGCUCCGCCGAACGAUCCUCCCUCCGAAGGAACCCCUUGCCGAAUGAUCCUCUACUACCCCUCCGCAUAUCCACGGCCACCGUCCUCCAAGCUGGCCCUUGGUCCGCUAGUAACUUGUACUUACUCCUCCAGAAGACCCCGCCACCGAAGGAUCCGCCACCACCUCCGAAAGAUGCCUCUCCGAAGGAUCCACCUCCCCCAAAGGACCACUGCCCCCUCCUCCUCCCCGAAGUUAUUGAACGGCUGAUUCCACCAGAGUAUCCUCCCCCACACAAGCCUCCGCCGAGGCAGCUGCUGAUAGGCGAACCGACCAGCAAGCCCAACCUGCCAACGCACUCCGUCUCUGAAAGCAUAGGGUAUCUGCCUUACCUGAGCUGCCCGGGCGGCUAUGCCCAUGAGGGGAGCCCGGCCUGUGUCGACAAUACCGACUCGCUAAUGUGUAUCCCUGGUGCUGACUUCGGAUUGAGCUUCUUCCUACCCCGCCGUUGUGCCAGCCACAGCAAAUGCAGUUAUUUCCCGCGGAGGGCGGCAGUAACUGCCACCCAAACCAAACCGCCGCCUGAACCACCGAAAAGACCCCCUCCGCCUCCGCCGCCAAAGGAUCCUCCUCCAGCCCUCCUCUCCUACCACCCGCCUCCGCUAGAGGCCUCCGAGUUAAUUUGGCUUGGGGGCCACUGUAAGUGUUGCUCCCUCCCCCUCAUCCCCCCCAAAGGAUCCUCUUCCUGCCGCCGAAACCACCAGGCCCCUUCCGCCAGAAGAUCCGCCAUCGAGCGACCACACCGGCCUCCUCCGAAGGAUCCUCUGCCACCCUCCGACAUAAUCACCCGGCCCCCGCCUCCGGAGCUGGCCCUUGUUGUCCCUGAUAACUGUACUUACUCCUCCAGAGGACCCACGCCCCCCCCCCCUCCGAAAAUCCUCCUCCAGGAUCCAACCUCCCCCCAAGGACCCACCGCCACCUCCUCCCUCCCUCCACCGAAGUAUUGGUUGGUCCUCUAUAACUGGUACUUAUUCCUCCUCCCCGCCACCUGUCCAGAACCUCCUCCAAAGGAUCCUCCCCGAAGGGGGAUCCUCCUCCUAAGGAUCUCCUCCGAAGGACCCGCCUCCUCCCCGACCUCCGAACUAUUAGUUGGGUCCCUCCGUAGGGACCGGCUAAUGCCACCAGAGGAUCUCCACCACCACCAGCCGGUCCGCCGAUGCAGCUGCUGUAGGCCCGAACCGACCAGCAAGCCAACACCACCACGCAACUCCGUUCUGAAAGCAACAGGUAUCUUUGCCUUCCCUGACUGUAAAUGA